AAAAAUAGUGUACUUGAAUAUUAAAAACGAUUUGUAUUCACUCAAAAUUUAAUAAUACACAUCAAUAGAUCGACCCACACCCUCUAUCCUAAAAUCAAUUCCUACGUAAGUAUUGGCUUAGCUAGCAAAUACAAAUUCUAAGGAUUUUAAUAGAAACAACGUCCCACUAAAAAACAAAUAGAAACCCGAUGUUUAAAAAAACAAACCCAAAAAACGACUUUAUCCAAACGACUACAACCGUUGGAACAAAGCACGGAAUAUGCAAGUUUGAGUUAAAAAACGGAAGCGCAGCCAGCCGGCCGGCAGGAAUCGGCCAAAUAUCGAUGAAGAAAGACCACAAAAUGACACUCUCAAGUUCCUUCAGCCAUAUGCUGGUGAAGGCAAAUGGGCAUCAACCAGCAUGUGUAUAUAUAUAUACACAUCAAAACUCUCGAUAGUGAGAGAAGCCGAAAGAAAGAAAGAAGAGAUAUUUCAGAGUAUACAGAGAAAGAAAAUGAAAAUGGAUAAAGAGGAUUUGGGUGGGAAGGCAGAUGGGGUGAAGGCGAGCUCGUUGAUGGUGGUGGUUCAGGUGGCAUUUGCGGCGGCGAACAUUAUGUACAAGUUGGCCGCCGACGACGGGAUGAACAUGCAGGUGAUGGUGGCUUACCGGUUUCUCUUCGCCACCGCGUUUAUGGUUCCCCUUGCUAUCGUUUUCGAGAGGAAGAAGCAGCCAACCUUUACCUGGAAGAUUUUGCUUGAAGUUUUUCUGUGUGGUCUAUUAGGGGGCACAUUGGAGAAGAACUUCAACGCAGAGGCAUUGAACCUAACAUCCCCAACAUUCGUCUCCGCUAUGAGCAACCUCAUCCCGGCCAUCACCUUCCUCCUCGCCAUCUGCUUCCGAAUGGAAACGUUACGGUGGAGAGAAAAAGCAGGACAGGCUAAGAUGGCGGGGACGCUGCUGGGAAUCGGCGGAGCGAUGCUCCUGACAUUCUACAAAGGCCCUGUCCUUGAACUAUGGCCGUCGACGCACAUCGACCUCCUGGCUCAUCACUCCCACCACGGCCGCCGCCCUCCUCCUACUUCCGGUCACGGUCACGAUCACGGGCAGCGGCAUACUUUGGGCGCUCUCCUCUCCCUUGGUAGCUGCUUCUCCUACGCGCUGUGGCUGAUCUGCCAGGCGAAGCUGAACCGGAGGUACCCGGGCUGCCCGUACUCGGUGACGGCGAUGAUGUGUGUUGUGGCGUGUGUUCAGAGCGUGGGGUUGGGUUUGUUUGUGGAGAGGGAUUGGGAGCAGUGGAAGCUCGGCUGCGAUGUCAGGCUCCUCACCGUCGCAUAUUCGGGGAUCGUGGCUUCGGGGCUGAUGGUGGUGCUGAUAUCGUGGUGCGUGAGCAGAAGAGGACCGCUGUUCGUGUCCAUUUUCAACCCUCUCCUGCUCGUCACCGUCGCCGUUGCCGCUUCCCUCCUUCUCAACGACAAACUUUGCCUUGGAAGCGUACUGGGCUCGGCAUUGAUCAUUUGUGGGCUGUACGGAGUGAUCUGGGGAAAAGGCCAAGAGUCCAAGAGUAGUUCUGAGAAUGAGAAGAAGCCACCGCCAGGUGUCAGUCGUAAUGUUGUUGUUCCGGUGACGGACGCCGACGAGUUGCCGCCGGCAGAUGAUGGUGACCACAAGAAUCCCAAACAAGGAGAAGUGGUCGUCGUGAUUUCAGUGUCGGCGCUGGAUGACAGAGACGAGAAGAGUACCACUAAAGCUGGCCAGAAGGAAGAAGUGGAAGAUAAAGAAGUGGUUUUGAGCAUCACCACGCUACCCGAAAGAUGAACAACGACUUUGAUAUGGGGAGAUAUGAUGAUGACCCUAAUUUCUGAAGAAGGGACAAGUUUUGAAAUGAUUAAUCCGUAGAGAUUCAGACAAACUUUAUAUUCAUCAGGAAUUUUGAUUUACAUGAGUAAGUUUAGGGAGGGAAAAAAAAAGUAAUUCUAUUAUAGAAUCGUCAAUAAAUUUAUUUUAACAUG